AUGUCUGCUUUUGGUUUAGAUCUUGACGAAUUGACUUCAGCUUUCGAUCCUAAGAAACCGUCUUCUGAGACUUCUGCAGAUACCGGUUCUACACAACCUGGUGACUUCGAAGAAAAAAAGCGAAAAGCAGAAGCCUCACUCAAACCCUUACUGAAAGAAGUAGGGGAAGGUUCUACAGAUGAUUCUCCCAAACGUUCAAAACUAUCUGUUACUGAUACUCUAGAAUUUAAUGCUCCCAGAAUACAAAUACAUAAAAUCAGUUCACCCGAAACAUGUACACACGAGGUCGCUGUUCCUCCGGAUAUUGAAUACAAGCCAAUCAUUAAAGAUUAUGGUUUUCCAGCGAAAACUUUUCCCUUCACGCUUGAUGCAUUUCAGCAACAAGCAAUCAUAUGUAUUGAUAAUAAUCAGUCAGUUCUAUUAUCAGCUCAUACGUCAGCUGGUAAAACUGUUGUGGCUGAAUAUGCAAUCGCAACAGCCCUACGGGAAAAACAACGUGUAAUUUAUACUACUCCUAUUAAAGCGCUUAGCAAUCAGAAGUACAGAGAAUUUUUCGAAGCCUUCCCAGAAGUAGGAUUACUUACAGGUGAUGCUACAAUCAAUCCCAGCGCUAGUGUACUUAUCAUGACCACAGAAAUUCUUCAAUCCAUGUUGUAUAAAGGUGCUUCAAUGGUACGAGAAGUCGGUUGGGUCAUAUUUGACGAAAUUCAUUAUAUGCGUGACCCUGAACGUGGAGUGGUUUGGGAGGAAACCAUAGUGCUUUUACCAGAUAGUGUUCGUUAUGUGUUUCUUAGUGCUACUAUUCCAAAUGCUCGCCAGUUUGCUGAAUGGAUCGCUCACCUUCACCACCAACCAUGUCAUGUUGUUUCAUCUGACUGCCGUCCUGUACCACUACGUCAUUAUCUAUAUCCUGUGGGUAGUGAGGGUUUGUUUCUCGUAUUAGAUGAGGGUAAAUAUUUGGAACAAAAUUUUGAACGAGCUAUGCGCUCGUUUCUUUCGGAUGAAUCAUCAAAUAAAAGGCAAAAGUCACAAGUUGAUUAUAAUAAACGCUCUGAAAAUAAUGUCAUUCAAAUUGUUCGUUUGGUCAAACAUCGCAGUCUGGAACCGAUAAUUGUAUUUAGUUUCAGUAAAAAGGAGUGUGAAAUCUAUGCACUCCAAUUAGCCAAAUUUGAUUUCACUACUGAUGCAGAGAAAAAAGUCGUUGAUGAAGUAUUCCGCAAUGCUAUCGAUGGUCUUUCGCCUGAAGAUCGCUCAUUACCACAAGUUGAGAGUGUCUUACCAUUGCUUAAACGUGGUAUUGGCAUACAUCAUGGUGGUCUUUUGCCUUUAUUAAAGGAAACUAUAGAAAUAUUAUUUUCUGAAAAUUUAAUUAAAUGUCUGUUUGCUACAGAAACAUUUGCCAUGGGUUUAAAUAUGCCUGCGAGAACAGUCCUAUUCACCUCGGCUCGUAAAUAUGAUGGACAGUCUUAUCGUUGGAUAACAUCAGGUGAAUAUAUUCAAAUGUCCGGUCGUGCUGGUCGUCGUGGUAAAGAUGAUAGUGGUACUGUAAUUCUAAUGGUUGAUGAAAGUAUGACCAGUGAAUUGGCUCAUCAAAUUAUGAUGGGUCCACCACCCCCACUGAAUUCAGCUUUUCAUAUCACCUAUAAUAUGCUAUUAAAUUUAUUGCGUGUUGAAGAAAUUAAUCCAGAAUACAUGAUGGAGAGAAGCUUUUGCCAAUUCCAAAAUUUCUCCAGUCUUCCUAACAUGUAUAAAGAAUUGAAUGAAUUACGUGCCACUUAUGCAUCAACUGUUGUUGACGAUGAAGAAUCCGUCGAGUCCUAUCACCAAAUUCAAUUAUGCUUCGAUGAACUAGUUGGACAGCAGUGGCAGUAUAUAAGACGUCCUCAGUACAUAGUACCUUUUCUUCAACCAGGUCGUCUUGUUAAAAUUGUUGUUCAAUCCAUCUCGUAUGGAUGGGGAGCUGUGAUCAAUCUGAAAAAACGUCAACGUAAAGAUAGAUCAUCUACGCCUGAAUCAUUUUAUAUACUUGAUUGUUUAUUAUGCAACAAUCCAUCUAGAUCGGAUUCAGAUGAAUCUAGUUCUGAUGUACCUAGUGGAAAUCCAGUAGAUAACUUGGGAAUUACAAAUUCAGUAACUCCUACUGGUAGUGAUACAUUACCGAUGGCUGAGAUUAUACCUGUACGAUUGGAUUGUGUUGUUGGUAUUAGUGCUGUACGUUUAGUUGUUCCAAAUGAUCUUCGUUCAAAAGAGGCUAGACAAGGUGUUUUAAAUGCAAUAGAAAAGGUGAAAGUACGUAUGGGUGGUAGUUUGCCAGUUUUAGAUCCUAUUGCAGAUAUGCACAUUAGUGAUCCACGAUUUCUGGAAAUAAACGAGAAAGUUACUGCUUUUCAAGAGAGAUUACAGCAUCAUUGGCUUCAUGAUGACCCACGUCUUUCAGAACUUUCAAAAGUUUAUAGAAAGAAAGAGCAACUUCGCAAACGUAUCGAUGCUCUUACAGCUAAUUUGAAUAGUAAAGUUUCUUUAAUUCAACUGGAAGAACUAUCGGCUCGUAAACGUGUAUUAAGACGAUUAAAUUUCGUUUCCGAAUAUGAUGUAAUCGAAUUAAAGGGUUGUGUAGCCUGUGAAAUCACCUCAGCAGAUGAGUUAUUAUUAACAGAACUUUUAUUUGAUGGAGUAUUCAAUAGACUGUCAUCUGAACAUAUUGCAGCAUUACUUUCUUGUUUUGUAUUUGAGGAGAGAGCUUCUGAAAUGCCUAAAUUAACUAAAGAGUUAUCUGAUGCUUUGCGUACAUUACAAGAUACGGCCAGACGUAUUGCACGUAUUAGUAACGAAUGUCGUCUCCCAGUUGAUGAAGAUAAUUACGUCGAUUCAUUUAAACCUCAUUUAAUGGAUCUUGUUGAUGCAUGGACAAGAGGAGCAUCAUUUGCUAGCGUUUGUUCUAUGACAGACUUGUUCGAAGGCACAAUUAUUCGUACAUUAAGAUUACUUGAAGAGUUAUUACGUCAAAUGGCUAAUGCAGCUAGAACAAUUGGUAGCAAUGUUUUGGAAAAGAAAUUUGUUGAGGCUAUCGAAAAAAUCAAACGGGAUAUCGUUUUUGCAGCUAGUCUUUAUCUUUGA